UGGCGCGGCGAACCACGUGCUGGGCGUUCUUCGCGAUCUUCCAGUAGCGACGGUCGCGACGGAUCUAUUUGUAAACACGUACGACGUAAGAUGGACGUGUACGAGACUCGCAAGAAAGACUGGGAGGAUUUGGAUGUGACGCGAGACGAGCUGAGGAACAUAACCGAGUGCCUGAAGAAGGAGGAGUUUCGCAAGUUGCUGAUCGAGUACGCGGAGGAGGUGACCGAUCCGGACAAUCGGAAGAUCUACGAGAAGGAGAUCACCCAGCUCGAGAAGGAGCGAGGAGUGGACGUGACGUUCGUUAACCCCGAGCCCGGUUACGUCAUAAAGACCAGCGUGAACGGCGACAGCAAGUGCUUCCUGAAUAUCAGCAAGAACGAGAUCGUCGCGCGACCCACCAGUCAGCCGUCCUACGAGCAAGGCCACCGUGGUCUGCAGUGGUCGAUUCCGUACACGCUGAUACCUCCUCGCGAUGACCUUGACAAGAAGAACGUGCGCUGCAUGGUGUUCGACGUGGUCUUCCACCCGGACACCAUCUACCUUGCGUCCAAGAACGCCCGAUUCCGCGAGAUCGUUAAUAACACAGCGAUGGACGGUGUGGAGAGUAAUUUCAAGGUGAAACUGGACAGAAAGAACCUCAAGUUUCCCAAGAUCAGUUUCAAGGGAGUGUCCUAUCCUACGGUGAUAAGGAAACCUUCAAAGGAGCCACCGAAGGAGCCAGUGGAUAUGGAGCCAGAAAUUUAUCAAAAAAUAAUGGCAAGUUACGACGAGAACCGGGAGAAGCAUUUUAAGAAGAAGGAAGAGAAACCGCAGCGUGCUGCACCAGCUACGACGUAUUACCAAAACAAACAAGAGAAGCCUAUGAGUGAAAACUACACCACACCCAAGUUCUUCAUAAAGCAUCAGUCCGACAUCGAGAUGGAGGAUUUUGUAUUGAGCAAUGAUGCAAAGAUGUAUGCCGCAGUUCCGAAGAAACUGGCGAUCACCAUAGACUUGCCGUUGUUGAAAAACGCCAGUGACGCAACGCUCGACGUACAGGAAAAAUCUCUUACUGUGAAAAGUGAAAAACCUGCCAAGUAUCUGCUGAAUCUACCACUGCCGUACCCUGUAGACGGGGAUAACGGAAACGCUAAGUUUGAUUCAAAAUACAAGAAAUUAAUUGUAACAUUGCCGGUUGUUCGACUACCAGUGCCAAUAACGGAGAACGGAAACAGAGCGGACAGCAAAAUUGAGUGCAAUCAGAACAGUCUUAUAGUGGAAGAAUCCAAAAAUGGGGAGAAUUUCUUCGAUAGCAAAAUCGAGUUAGUAAAAGAGUGCGAAAGGGUGUGCGAAAGUGAAAAUUCUGACAAAGCGAGUGAGGUAAUAAAUACAUGCGAAAACACUGCUUUACGGACUAGUGAUACGACAGCGGUUGUCGACGCAUUUAUGAAACCUAGUGUUAAGUAUAAUCUUCCCGCGUACGCUUGUAAUAUUUACAAUAAUCAGUUAGUCGUUACUAUAAACGUGAAAAACGUGAAUCCCAAUACGGUACGCCACAAAAUUCUAGAUAGUAACGUAGGGAUACAUAUCUUGCUGACAUCAUUAGGUGCCGGAUUCUUUCCGCAAUAUUAUUCGUUGUGUCUUAAAAUAGAAAACGGCUGUGUCGAACCGGAAACUCUGAUGAUUGAACCGUGGGAUAAUAAUGUCAUAUUUAGCAUCAUCGUGAAGGAUGUUGACAAUGUAAAGCAAUACUUUGUUGGAGUAGAUACAGAAUUUAUGGAAGCGAAAGAUCUUCCUACAACAGCAUUAUUUACGAGCAGGAUCAAAGAAUUAAUGGCGCUUCCAGCAGACGAGCCGCAGGUUGAAAGACAAAUCUCUGUGCAAUCGCAAGACGAUGGCGUCGUUAUAAAUAUUCGUUCAAAUCAGCAGGAUUCUGAUGACGAAGAGGACCAGCAAGAGGAAAAGCAAGUUACGAUAUUGCAACAAAGGCGCAUGGAGAAAGCUCGCUCGGUUUCAGAAAGCAGCGGUGACGAAUUGGCAAGCAGCAGUAGCAGCGCGAGGCACUCGAAGGGGAUACUGAAGUCGCAUCGCGCCCGUAACUUCUCGCGAUCGGUGUCCGAGUCGAGCGCCGAUGAAGCGAGCCUUCCUGCAUCGUGCACGGAUUAUCAUUACGAUUCCGUACACGACAUUAAUUCCGAAUCGGAUUGCUCCAGUUUGAAGAAAACGGUGCGAUUCAACGACGUGGUUUCGCGGCAGUUGUUCAGAUCCAACUCGAGCAUUCUUGGACAGCGCAAGAAGAACCAGCGCAAACUGCGAAACAAGAAACGGGCGCACGAACGCCGAAUGAGCGAGAGUGAAAAUUCCGAGACCGAGGAGCGGGACAAGUACAAGGCGCACUACAAACGUCUUACGAGCAACGAAGCUUCUGAAAGCGUGAAGCCUAUACUUGCUCGCGAUAAACAUUCGCAUCAGCAAAGAACCGCUAAUAUUGAGAUCGCAAAAUCUAAUACGAACGACAAGCAUCCUUCGCAUAAACGUAAAUCCAGCUUUGAGGAAAAACCUAUCGAAGACGUGCAGACCGAAACGUCGAGUAAAGACACGAAGGAUGGGGUUCAACUGGAAUUUAAGAAUGAUCUGAUAUUUGACCUCGAUAUGUAAAUUAAGAACGCAUAAUGUGAUUCGGCCCGUCGUUGCAAUUGUUUCAAUAUUACGAGUAUGAGACGUUAAAUUCACAUUUAAAGUUAGUUAUUUUAAGGUUUAGUGUUAGUUACAAACAUAAAGUGAGAAUAAUAAUUUUCUAGUGCGCUGUUAGCGUAGAGAUAGUAGUCGAGGGAUGAACUGAAAUUGUCUUUAACUGACCUAGAUUAGCGAUAAGCAUAGAGCAUGGAAAAUAAUUUAAAUUAAUAUAUUGGAAAAAUUGUUUAAUAUUGAGAAUUACAGUGAACUCGCGAGGAACGAUUAUACUAAUGUACAUCGAUUAUGGUGAUAAUAUCGUCGUGAUAAUAAGAUCGUGAUAUCAAAAUUGUUCUGAGAUUUGAAUCUCGUAAAAUUAUAUCUGGUAAAAUUAUAUCUGGUAAAAUUAUUGCGUUAAAUUACUGAAUCGCAAGCAAAAAGAGAUGUUUCCCUUUAUAUAUGCAUGUUGAAUAUUACUGCCAUACAAUAUAUGAGAUUUUUAUUCUCGGAUAAUACUUUAUUACAUCAUGAGCGAUACACUGAUAAAUUGCAAGUACUUUACAAUAGAAAUAUGCAUUUCUAAUUCAGAUCGUAUCGUGUGCAUUUACGCAAAAGUAUGUUCAGUGGGCGCGAUAUACGGUGCUUUCGUUAGACUUGCGUGUCACUAUACAGACGCAUUGCGACAAACUUGCCGAAAGAUAACAUGGAGACAAAAAUGAACGUUUCCCUUCAAGAAUUAAUAUUUCACAGAAUUUCCGAUGCGAAAUAUUCUAUUCCGUAUACUGUUCAAGUCUAAAUACUGUAUUCUCUUGGGAUAAGGAGAAUUUCAAAACUUGUUUUUAUUUAAAGAAGAUUUGUUAAAACAUGUCGCAGAAAUCAUGAUUCCUAUCAAAUAGGCUGGUUUUUCUGGCGAUGUUUACCGAUUUUGUAUCUUGUAAUCAAAUGUACAUAAUUAUUUCGAUCAGGUAAUCGAUGAAUACAUUUCUAUAUAUACAUAUAUAUAUAUAUAUAUAUAUAUAUAUAUAUAUUUAUGGCGAAAUGUUUUAUAUAUUAUGCGCUCUUGGCACGUUCCAUUCUUAUGUUGUAUACUGUGUUACGCUUAAGAAUUUUUACUGACGAGAGAGCAGUUCAUAUAUAUGUAUACAUAUAUAUGAGUAUGUUCACGUUGCAACAAUAUAUUCCUGUAGUAACAUAAUAUGAAACUGGAAUAAACGCAAAUGCAAACACUUG